AUGAGCACAUCCCUGUUCGUUUCUUGCUUUGUUCUGGCGGGGUCCAUCUUCAGUUCGCACGAGGCGAGUGUAAAACGGCCGCCAUAUAAUGCAACCGAGGCAUUCCUUACGAAUGGCACAUACUGCAUGAAGUAUCGUGAUUACACCAAUGAUAAGUUAUUUGGCAACUACUCCUGCGUGGAAAGGUGGGGAGGAGGUGACAAACGCAAAGAGGAUCCCAUCAAAAUCAAAUAUAUGCUCAGAAAUGACAGCAGAGACCCAUCUAAGCGGGGAGAUGUCAUCGUAGGGUUCUACACUAAUGAAACCAAUACUUUUUUCUAUUCUACUAAAGAAUCAAGAACACGACAAAAACGGAAACUCAUUUACAUGAACGUAUUAGAGGAGUGUCAAGUUACAAAAACCUAUAAUACAGCAAACGGAUCAGGUGAGUUUUCAGGCUGUACUCUGUGGAUGGGUUAUCAUACAGUAGAUAAGGAUCCUCCGACUCGGUGCAAAAAAGCCUACGACAAGUGCGGGGGCCAAACGAAGCUAGAGUACCACAAAAGCUGCAAACGCGUUUACAGUUGGCAACAACGCGGGUCAUCAAAAUAA